AUGGCGGACGCGGAGGCGGUGCACGUGAGUAGGCUAGCCAUCAACAGGCGCGCGGUCGCGUUCGGCUGCCAAAUCCCCGCUGGCUACUACGGCAACGCAUUCGCCUUCGUGGUGGCGCGCUGCGCCGCCGGGGAGCUGGGCGGUCAUGGGCUGGGCUACGCGGUGGAGCUGAUCAGGGAUGCCAAGGCGAGGGUGACGUACGAGUACAUGCGGUCGGCGGCGGACGUGAUGGUGCAGGAGGGCCGCCCUGUGAGCGCGAGGAAGCGCACCUUCGGCGUGUCGGACGUCAGGCAUGCCGGGUUCGACGAGGCCGAGUUCGGGUGGGGAAAGCCAGUCUACGCCGGCGUCAUCACGGACGCUCACCGCGGCGGCGCCACCUUCCUCAUGCGGGGCAAGAACGAGAGGGGAGAGGACGAGACGUUCAUCGGCAUCUACCUCCCGGGAGACUGCACGGCAAGGUAUCGGAUGGAGGUGGAGGCACUCACCGCUGCCGCGGCCACCGCAAAGAAUAUGCAACUGCACAUGGAAGAAGCGUCUUCAGCUCCUCUUGCCUUGCGUGCACGCUAUUAA